CACUCUUUCGCGCUGCACGCGACCAUGCUAUCCACACCCACAUGCCCCCGUCUGCCUGCCUGCCUGCCUGUUCGUGAGGGCAUGAAUCCACCCUGCAUUACCUCACGAGGUGGUGCCGCUUCGUGCUGCCAGCUCGGCGUCGGUCCUAACGCCACGCAACAAGUCGCCCCACAACUGCAACACACACACACACACACACACAGAGAGAGAGAGGGGGGGAUGGGGGGGAUUAGUUCCUGUCUCUGUGAGUGUGAGUGUGUCACCUCGUCCGCUUCUCUCUCGAAAGCCGAGAGGCCUGACGCACUGAUGGACUCAUCAAAAGUCCUGUGGGAACACGACACACAGGUAGCAUUCACACACGCCAUGACAGUAUGUCCUUCCCUUCUGUGUGUUCCUUGUCCGUACUUUGGCAUUCUGAUGUUUGGGCCGUUUGUGAAUGAGAAGGUGACACCUGCGAGGGGCCGCAUGAGAGUCUGCACCACCGCCUCAGCCACAUCAAUCCUGACACAUGUCAUGACCCACACAUUGGCAGACGUGCACACGUGUGUGCAAACAAAGGAGUGGUCAGUCAGGGGUGUGAGUGGUUCUUGCCUGGAGACGCCCGGCAGCCCGCCCAGUGGUCCCUCCUGCGCAACCAAGAUAUCACGAGUCAGCCAUGCCACUGCACAAUAGACAGCCAAGAGGUGGCAGACAGACGCGUUGUAUCUCGUUUGUUCUCUGUGUUGGUUCGGUUGCCUACUGUUGGCCCUUGCGUAUGCGUUGGUUUGCUCGUCCUGGAAUGAGGUGGGCCUCAGGAUGACGUAAGGCAGCGCACUCCCACUGCCACGCAGCUCGUUUUCGGCCUUCAACUGACGGACGAUACGAAGUGGACCACAUGUGUGUGAGUGCGUGUGAGUGUGUGCCUGUGCGGCUGACCUUCCAUCCAGUGGGGUUUCCCAGCAGCGCAUUGAAGGCGGCACCCACACUAAAAGACACGCAGCACACGCAGACAGACAGAGAGUAUGUGUGUUGGUGGCUGGACGCUGUGUGUAUCAGCCGCUCUCUACGUCGUGUCUUUUGCGUCUCCGCCCACUCAACUCACCCCUGGUUGCCGGAAGCGACGGAUGCAGAGGAGAUGAGCACAAACUUCUUGACAGUGGCCGGGCCUGACGGACCCCCAGAAGCCUCGGCUGCAACACACGCGCAAACCCAGAAUAGACAACCGCGUACGCGUGUGCUUGCUUGUCUUCCCCGCACCCCAGUCUCACACACCAGCUUGUCUGAGCGCCGCCACGGCGGCGUACUCUCUGUUGGCCUGGCCGGGCUGGUUCUCAGACAGAUACACGAGAGCCUGCGACCCCAUUGCGGCCUCUAUGGCAUCCUCCACAUCCACGGCGUCACCCUCCAUCACGUCGAUAUAGUCGCCAUCGCCGCCAUACCGCUUUUCUAUCCGCUGCAUGUCGCUGGUGGGCACGAGUAGCCGCACGUUGAAGCCACGGUUGCGCAGGAGACUCACUGUGGCCGUACACAGCUCACCUGCACCCACACACAGCACAGAUGACAUUUACAUGCCUUGUGUGUGUCUGUGUGUGUGUGUGUGUCUGACCGUCGGGCUCUGAUGCGACGAGCAGCACAGCGUCGGGCAGCAGCGGCUUCUCUUCCUCAAGUGCAAGCUCAGUCUGGCUCUUGGUCCACUGUGUCUGAAACAUCCAUCCAUCGGUCAACAAGGGGAAGCAGACACACCCAUCCCAGGUGCGUGCGCACACUGCCUGUCGGCCAGUCAGGUCAGGCGUCACCUCACCGACAGGAAUUCUUCCUGUGACAUGUCGGAGGUCCUCUGCAAUCAAGACAUAUACACAGGACGCACACUGAGGCGUCAGAGACAUGUGUGUGCUCUGUUACCUUGCCGUAGUACUGCUCGCCCUGCCCCAGCCUGAAGACAACAGACAGGAAAAGCUUAAUGAAUGGUGACCCUCGCCACCCGACCUGCCGAACCGUUUAUUGAGAAAAUCGUCCCAGAGCCGGCUCGCGUAGGUCGAGGCGGCUCGCUUGUUGGACUGAAUGCGGUCCAGCCGCUCCCGCCGGCGCUGACGCCACCGAGUACCCCUGAUUGUGUGCAUGUGUGAAAAGGAUCAAAGGCGCAUGUGUUGUGUUGUGCCGUGACUGGCGGACCUUCUGACAUUCUUCGUCCUCGGCGAUUCGUCCUUGGGCACCACCAUCAGCCGUUGCCGCCUGAGCUCAUCCUCAAGCCCACUAAAUGCAUCAUUCUCACUCGCUGCAACCAGCAUUGGCUUCCAUCGGUGCCGUGACUGGCGAGAGGCCGGGGGAUGGGACAAAGGGCCGGCAGGCGCACCGAGCAAAGAGAAUGCGGCGGCAUGCGUCCAGCAGAAAAUCGAUGUCAGAAGCGCAGCCAUGCCUGCCAAUCCACUGCCAUGUGACGCACAUUGAGCUCGUCUGGUAGAUCUGCAUCGGGACCUGCCAAGUGCUGUUGGCUGACACGCGGCUUCACUGUCAGUCACUCGAGAAGCCUUCAUCUCGCCGUUCUGCAUCUGUUUCAUGAUGAGCAUCCUGUCUGAGACCUGAAACUGGGGGAAAGGUCGUCAGAUCCAC